CGACAAUAUAAUUGGGCGCAACCGAUUCCUCUCCCACCACCGGACGUACAUAAGUCACUCCACAAGUACAGCAAGGAUCUGCGGGGUACAAUAAGUGAUUGGCCAACCAAGCAACUGAUUCCUCUCCCUUCGUCUUGAUGUAACGUCCACCUCUCAUAAGGAUGAGUUUCUAGCCAAUCUGCACCUUCAGAGUGGACUUCCCUUAUGCUCUUCAUUUUGUCUACAAACUUUCUAGUCUGAAAAGCAAUAGCUACAAUAAAGCAAUAUAAGGUUAGUAAAGGAGUAUACGCAUUCAACCAAUUGAUAUAAUCACAACAUCUUAUUUGUUCUUACCAGCGUGCCAAACUGCACGUUGUCCAUAAGUUCUACCAAAGUGCUUCCCGUAAUUGCUUUUGAAAUGUCGUAUGCACCAGCGCCACUUCCACCCUAGCUCCUCGGGCAGGUCGUAGAAAGCAUGUGCAAUUCCAUGGUGUCGAUCAGAAAGUAUGGCAAUGUCCUUCCGUUGAGUGACACGAGUGUAUAGUUGGGAAAAAAACCAUGCCCAACUUAAGUUGUUCUACGAUUCGACAAUAGCAAAAGCAAGGGGGAAAAGUUGCAUACUGCCAUCAACACUAGUGGCAACGAGUAGAGUGCCCUUGUAUUUGCCGGUCAGAAAGGUCCCAUCAACUUGGAUUAUUGGCAGACAAUGGGUGAAACCAUCAAUGCAUGAUUUGAAUGCCCAAAAUAGUCGCUUAAACACGCGUUUAGCACUGAUGCUCUAAAACACAACACCUAACAAAGGCCAAGUGUAACCAAUGAAAGGGACUGCAGUAUAGUGGCUCAAGUGAUAAAUAUCGAAUCCACGGGUCUCUAGAGUUACUAUUACUCAGCUUCAGUUUAUUAUUUAGCAAAUCAGAUUAAGACGAAAGAACUAAAACUACUCUAGCAAACUACAGUUAAAGUUAAUCUAAUUACAGGUUGGGAACUCACUUAGGUAUGAUUCCCCCUAGCCACUAGCCAGAUUAAUGAUUGAUGAUCUCUAACCUGUUUCACUUUCAUUCACAAUGCGGAGAAUCCUUGACUAGACCUUGAGUCUCGACUAAAGGAACAAGGCCCUCUUGAGUCAAUUGCCUAGAGGGACGUAUCCUUCUCUAGAACAACUGAUCAAGGCGUUCUGAACUAGACUCCCUCUAUCGAAAGGAGUUCUCAAUCGAUACAAAGCAGUGAAUCAACCCUCGACUAAAGCAAUCGAUCCACUACUAUCAAUCUAUGGUGCUCUAUUGACCUAAUCAGGUAUUCCCUCUCAUAGAAUCAAAGCAGAAUCAAUAAUCUCGACUAAAGCAGAAUUGAAUCAUGAAAACAUGCAUAGAUUGAAUAUGAACUCAAGAUUAUCCAGUCAGAGUACUCAUACAAUCAUCCAAUCAAACAAACAUAGCUAGGGUUCCUCAAAACCUAAGUGAAGGGAAGUUACUCCAUAGAGAAGAGAGAGACUGCAGUAAGAAUCUUCAGAUGAUCAGUCUUCAAGUCCGGGCUUGUUCCUCAAGCUUCCAAGGCGAAGAAAUCCUCCUUCUCUACUCCAAGAAUGCCCUCAAAUCGCCCUCUCUCUCUUUGGUUCGUCCCUUGGGUGUUUGGGAUCCAAACCCAGCUCCCCUCUUCUUUGGUUCGGAAUUUGGCUUAAAACCAGGAAAUCCCGACUCGCACGGCCAGGGUGCACGGCCGUGCAUAUCACCAUUCUGGUCGUGCAACUCAAAACGCAGCGUGUCAUUUAGUCGAACUUCAGCCCUCUCGCACGGCCAGGGUGCACGGCCGUGCGAGCUUCAGAGGUUGCCCGUGCGUGUCCUCGGCAUAAGGCGCACGGCCAUAUUGCUCACGUGCACGGCCGUGCAGCCUCCCUGGUUUGCCCGUGCAGCUUGCUCAGCCUCUGUUUAAUGCUUCGUUUCUCCCUCGUCCGGACUCCGAAUCAAUCGCCGUUUGAUCCCAGACGCUCGUAGUCUCGUCCUCUUUCGUUUCAUAACAAGCUUGCAUGAUUCUUUGUCCAUAAAGUGAGGUAGAAAUC